AUGAAGGACGAGGACGCGCAGCAGAGGAUUACAUAUCUACUGCAGGAGAUCGAUGCCAACAUUUGUGCGGCUCAUCGAUCAGCUACGGAAAUAUGCGGCACAGUGCGGCGACAUCACCAAAUUCUGCGGCAGAUUCACGAAGCUUCACGCGUAUGGCGGCCACUCUUUGACUCAUUCACGCAACAGCCUUCGUCACGACGAGUCACGCGCACGCCAUCACGUUUAUCUAAGCCAUCCACACCUGGAUCCACAAGGUCUACUGCAACGACGCAACAAAGGUAUAUAAACCAUAGACGCAUUGACCAAGAAGCAGAAGAAGAGGACAUAGAGGAGGAAACAUUGUUUGCGAGCAAAGAGCAAACUUUCAAGACUACAACUUUGAAAAAAAACCAUCCACUGUCGCAUGCAAACCGCCCUGCUGACGAUGAUAGCCUUGACGUUAGUACUAAUAGCGAUAAUCUGCCAAGAAUGUCUAGAACACCCUAUGUGUCCAAGUCAGCAGUGCGACUGGGUGCCAUGACGCAGGAAUCAACAUCGACUCUUAGCUCCAGUGAUUGCGGACAUUGGUCACCACCUCGGACGGGAAUCAUCUCGACGGAUCAAUUGGACACCGCAGAUGCUGAACCGCGACAUAUAUCGACUCCCCCAUCGGCGAUUAGCAGUGUGGAAUAUAGUAGUAAUAGUCCCGGAAUAAGUAGAAAUCUUAUGAAGUUGGGUGCAUUCGAGUACACCCCACCGCGUGAAAAGAAGAUCAGAUCUAACGACGAGGAGAAAAAAGAUGAGGAUGUAGAUGACUCCUAUGAAUCGCCGUUGAUUCCAGAAUUUACAACAGUUCGAUUGUCGACCACGGUUGACGAAAAUUCAUCUGACAUUGCGGCAGAAUUGAGUGUAUCAGACGGCGCCAGCAAUCGAAAACGAAAGCUAUCUGACUUAAGUAAAACCCUACAGCGACCGGUGUACCCGAAAACUCUUUAUCCUGAAAAAGCAACAUCGCCAUUUACAUCUCCGAGUUUGCGCCGAAAGUAUUGUAGCAGAAGCAAUACAUCAUCGCCAAAUCAUCAUCGUCAUUCGUUAUCAGAAGCAUUAAUUUCACCACGACGACGAUAUGACGCUGCUCUGGACGAUGACACGCCAAAGACUCCUGAUUUAGCCUCUCCGUUGUUGCGCACACAGCUCAAGGCGAUGACACCAAAUACUCCACUGUCAAACCGCCUCGUUGGCGCUAGUCUGGACGUUGGCACUGUAUCGCAGGAAGCACGGUUGCUUAAUUACGAUGACUCUUUCAAUGCUGGAGAACCGACACCUAAGUUUGAGCUCUCGCUACUGCCCGCAGUAUUUCAGCGAGGUGUUGGCGCUGUGCAAGUUUCCACAUUGUACAACAAAUUUCAAGGAACUGGAGGCAACAAACCCGCCAUCAGUGUCGAUCAGCUAGCUGAAUUACUGCCCGACUAUGGGAAAGAGAAGAUCGAGAUCCUGCUAGAUACCCUUAAGAAAUUAAACGUGUAUUAUAAGUACGAUUUACCUAUGUAUGCACAGCUUGAGGAGACGCCAUCAUCCUUAAGCGGAAAAGCGUGCCACAGUCAAAUCACACAUUUAAGCGCCAUGAAAGCUGUUGUCAAGUAA